AUGGCGCUCUCUCUCAAGUUCAAGGUCACGGAAAAAAAAGAAAGAAAGCAAGGCGCAGAGGAUCGAGGGCGCAAGGACGCACAGAAGGGAGGGCGCACCGGCCCGCGGCUUGAUGGACCGUCGGACCAGUUCACCCCUGUUGAUAAUGCAAGCAGGAAUACUUCAUUUUUGAAAAAAAUGUUUUCUGACAGCCUGUUUAUGGAAGAUCAUCAAGACGAAGACCUUAGAAAAGGUCCAUACAAUGCCCUAGUCAUCAGUUUUCUUUCUUUCCUAAGCGAAAACACCGGAAGCCGAAAACGUUUCGUGAGGUUAAAAUCUAAAAAACAGAGAAAAGCGAGAACUGCAUAUACAGAUCAACAACUGCAAGUUUUAGAGAAGAGCUUUGAUCAGCAGAAGUACUUGAGUGUUCAAGACAGAAUAGAACUUGCAAACAGGCUCAAACUAUCAGACACGCAGGUCAAAACGUGGUUCCAGAACAGAAGAACAAAAUGGAAAAGACAGACGGCAGUCGGACUCGAGCUUCUUGCGGAGGCAGGUAACUACGCUGCAGUCCAACAAAUCUUGAAAACGUCACCUUUCUGGAUUAGUCACUAUGGUCACGCACAAGCUCAACAAGUCCCAGUGUCGAUGGCAGAAAUGGAGUACCUAUACAGGCCGUGCCUUUCAAUACCUCCUCCUGGAUUGCACCCACAACUGUUACAGCCUCCUACUAGCUUUCCACAGAACUCGAAUGGUUGCGGUCCAUCGAUGAGAACUGUUGCGUCAAACGAUUUUUAUGGAAAACUUUCUUGA